UGCAGGUCAAUGAAAACCAUCAGUGAAAGUUUAUAUUAAGUUUCCUGUUUUUUUUAUUACUUGAAGUAGAAAGUGAUAGAUGAAAUGCCUGUGAGGGUGUGUAGAAGGGGACUAUGAUGCAGUGAUUCAUGUGUGUGCAUGAGGGAAACAUGAGAGGACCUGCCAUGACCCAGUCACAGGAGGGAAGAGAUAGCAGCAGUGAGGACCCCAAUGGUCAUGGGUCUGGUCGCAAAGAGAAGCUCCGUGCAUCAAGAAAAGUUGUGGUGCGUCGUCUCCCACCAACGAUGACCCAGGAGGAUUUCCUUCAGCAAGUCUCACCCUUGCCCGAGAAUGACUACUUCUGCUUUGUCAAGGCUGACAUGACUUACGGCACUCAUGCUUAUACAAGGGCUUAUAUAAACUUCUUUCGUCAGGAGGAUAUGAUUACUUUUUGGGAGACAUUUGAUGGAUAUGUCUUCGUUGAUCAGAAAGGUCAUGAAUACCCAGCAGUCAUAGAACUGGCCCCAUUCCAGAAGGUUCCUCGAGCCCGUAAUCGAAAGAAGGAUGGCAAGAGUGGAACAGCUGAGUCUGACCCUGAAUAUCAGGCCUUCCUUGAGAAUAUCAAGUCACCUGAAGAAGUUGUUUCUGCAACAGCUGAAAGCCUCCUGGAGGAAAUAGAGGCCAGGGAACGUGAACUAAAAGGACUGAAUGGAGCUGGGAAGUUAAGUACCCCCCUGCUGGAGUACAUUCGUCAACGCAAGCAGGAACGACUUCGUCUUCGAGAAGACCGGCGCGAAGAGAAACGUCGCAAAGACCUGGAACGCCGGCGACUCAGAGAAGAGGAAAGACGUAGGAAAAAGUUGCUGAAGAAGCCUAUCAAGGAGGAGGAGGAAGGAGAAGAGGAAGGGGGGAAGACUGAGAGGUUCAAGGAAAAGAAUAAGGAUAGGGAAAGGGAUAUUGGAAAGAAGAAGGUGAAGAAAGUUGAGGAGAAAAUAAAGGAAGAAGCCCAAAGAAGUGAGAAGCCUGUAGAAAAAUCAGUACCAACUGGUGUGUCAUCUGAAGAGAAACAAAUUGGGAAAGGAAGUGAAAGAAGAGAGGAGGAAAAGAAAAAUGAAGAAAAGUCUGCAGAGAAAGAGAAACCCCCAUAUGUAGAACCAAGGGACCAAACAAGACAGGAAAGGGAUAGAGAGAAGGAGCGCAGGGAGAAAAGAGAAAAACGACUUCGCAACAAGGAUCGUCCAGCAAUGGAAAUCUAUCGCCCACCAGUAAGAAGACAGAAUGUAUCUGGGUCCAGUCCAGCUUCAGCAUCUGACAAGGGGGAAGAAAGGGACAGCACCCACCAUUCUCCUGUUCCUGAUCAGCCAUCUUCUGGUAAAAUGGGGCCAGGAGGGGAGAGAGGGAAGAGACGUGAAGGUCGAGGCUGGAAGCAGGACAGCCCUUCAGGGCCCCAUGGACAAGGAAGCCGUGAACCUGUCAAGUCUAUGACUUUCCGGCGUAGCAAGUGA